UACUGCACUGUUGGAGCGAGAAACACAAGCAUUUCGUAACAUCUGCUAAACAUGUGACCAAUAACAUUUCAUUUGACAUAAUGUUAGCAGUGUGAUUACUUUAAAGUUCAGGGUUAGAUUUAAAAUCUGAUUUAAAAAAAAGAUACAUUGUAGAAAUAGGCGGGGUUUAGCCAUAAUUAUGACUUGUUGUAAGUAGUGACGUCCCUUUCACUUCGCCGCUUCCUCUUUUCUCUAAUGAGCACAGUAAAGCAGGCCGAAAUGGCUCCUACAAAAAGUUUAGGGCUUGUCAAUUUGAACAACAGCCAACAAAUCACUGCGAAAUACAUCGGGAGUACAAAACCCGAACAUCAAUGGCAGAAAAUAUGAUCAUCAGGGUUCAGUCCCCGAACGGAAUGAAGAAGAUCCCUGCCACCAAGAAGGAGACAGCAGCCGCUUUCCUCAAUAAGGUGGGCAAAGAGUUUGGAUUCCCCUCCAACGGCUUCACCAUCUUCCUGAACCGUAACAAGACUGACGAGAUCCAGUCCCAGAAUAAGACCCUCAGCCUGCUGAAGAUAAAACAUGGAGACAUGCUCUACCUAUACCCCUCGGGCUCCCCGGCAGGAGAGACCAUGGACCUGGCCACGCCUCACUCGUCAUCACUACCCUCUACCUCCCAUUCGUCCUCUUCAUCAUCGUCCGUGAUGUCACGCUCCCACUCGGCGCCCCAAAUCUCAGAGGACGAGAUCGACCAGUACCUGGCCAAGCAGGAGGGAAAGAUCUACAGGAAUAAAGAUCCACAGCUGUGUCGACAUGGAUCGAUGGGAAAGUGCGUGCACUGUGUGCCCCUCGAGCCUUUUGACGAAGAGUACCUGAGUCAUCUAGAGCCACCUGUCAAACACAUGUCAUUCCAUGCCUACAUCCGCAAGCUGACAGGAGGCGCUGACAAAGGGAAGUUUGUGGCCCUGGAGAACAUCAGCUGUAAGAUCAAGUCGGGCUGUGAGGGCCACCCUCCCUGGCCAGAGGGGAUCUGCACCAAGUGCCAGCCCAGCGCCAUCACCCUCAAUAGACAAAAAUACAGACAUAUAGACAACAUCAUGUUUGAGAACCACACCAUCGCAGACCGUUUCCUGGACUUCUGGAGGAAGACGGGCAGCCAGAGGAUGGGCUACCUGUACGGCAGGUACACGGAGCACAAAGACAUCCCUCUGGCCAUCAGAGCAGAGGUUGCUGCCAUCUACGAACCCCCGCAGAUUGCCACCCAGAACAGUCUUGAGCUGGUAGAGGACCCUAAAGCUGCAGCUGUGGAGGAGAUCGCAGCCAAGCUGGGCCUGCGCAAGGUGGGGUGGAUCUUCACUGACCUUCUCUCUGAGGACACCAGGAUAGGCACGGUCAAAUACACCAGGAACAAGGACUCGUACUUCCUAAGUGCGGAGGAGUGCAUCACGGCUGGACACUUCCAGAACCAACAGUGUAACCCCUGCAGACUCUCACCCGACGGACACUUUGGGUCCAAGUUUAUCACUGUGGUGGCCACAGGUGGUCCUGAUAACCAGGUGCACUUUGAGGGUUACCAGGUGUCUAACCAGUGCAUGGCCCUGGUCAGAGAUGAGUGUCUACUGCCCUGCCGAGACGCCCCUGAGCUGGGCUACGCUAAAGAGUCCAGCACAGAGCAGUACGUACCAGACGUCUUCUACAAGGACAAAGAUAAAUUUGGCAAUGACAUCACAUAUUUAGCCCGGCCCCUUCCUGUGGAGUACCUUAUCAUAGAUAUAACCACCACCUUCCCCAAGGACCCCCAGUACACCUUCAGCUCCACACCACGCUUUCCCAUAGAGAACAGAGACAUCCUGGGAGAGACACAGGAUUUCCACAGUUUAGCUACGUACCUGUCCCAGUGCACCUCGACUGUAUUCCUGGACAUGGUGUCUGACUUCCACCUGCUCCUCUUCCUGGUCACCAACGAGGUCAUGCCUCUCAGAGACAGCAUUGGUCUGCUGUUGGACGCUGUGAAGACGAAAGACGAGGAGCUGGCUCAGACCUGGAAGAAGUCUGAGCAGUGGGCCACUAUCGAGCAGCUGUGCAGCACGGUGGGUGGGCAGUCAUCGGGCCCUCAGGAGUACGGGGCCAUGGGCGGCGGCCCCUCUACCCCAGCAUCCUCCUCAUCGAUGUGGUCCUGUCUCCACUGCACCUUUAUGAACCAACCAGGCACAGAGCUCUGUGAGAUGUGCAGCCUGCCGAGGGGUUAAACCCCACCCCUGCCCUGGCCCCCGUGUUUCCCAAACACCUCUACCCACCUGCUUCCCUUAUCCACCAACGACUUCGCACCGGGAUUGGAUACUGCAAACAGCUGCGUGAUUGGAUGUCUCCUCUUGGCCCCUGCCCCCCCCUUGUCCAUUCAAUCUCAGACUGCUGUGGGGUUGACAAGCGCAAAACGAUGGUAUUUGUUUACACCAAAUCAAAUGAUUUAACAAAUAAUGACUGUGCUCUCAUCUCUUUCACACGCUCUCUGCCGUGGCCCCUGACUGAGACUGGCUGGGACAUGUUUAGCUGAAAGCACUAUGGCAACUAGGCUUCUUCCCUCUUCCUCCCCACGGUUCCUCACGUUCCUCCAUGACCUGCCGCCAAUAAAUGUUGCUGUGCUUCAGGGACAUCAGCAAAGGAAAGCCUCAAUCAUUUUAAGUUAUAUGUCACUCACACCGACCGGCGCACCCUCUCGCGACUUAUUCUGGAAAGUCUGUGUAAAUAAUAUACAUUCCUUGAGGAAGGAUUGAUUGCUGUUUUAUUUAAUUGCACAUGAAGCGUUUUGUUUUCCUGAUUGUAGCUACAGUAGAUAUCGGGUGUGUUUUUCUCAUUUCUCCCAAGAGUUAUCAGACGCUGACGGUCUAUCCAGAAGAUCUCUUGAUUGGCCCAAACCUCUUCACAGAGUUAUACAAUUAACCUAUCAGGCACUAUCAUAAACCUAGCUGUUUUAUUUGAGUGUUUUGUAUUGCAGUAGUGAUGUGUUCUCGGUUGCUCAGGCACUUUCCCCUAAGUUGAUGCCCUGCCCUCAGGAGUAAGUUUGGAGUGAUGGUCCUGGCAUUUAAUGAAGCCAUUCAAUUUUGGGUUAUUUGUUAAGUUUGAUAAAGUUUUGAAGCUUAUAGUACGCCAUGUUUGUUUUGUUGGCAGCUUUGAGGUGCUUGCUUACUGGGUUAGCUACCAACACUGCAUCUCUCUCUUUCUCUCCUUCCCUGUCUUGCAUCAGUUCUCCUCUUUCGACUGGCGCCCGUCUAGAGGGGCCAGAGAGGUAUGGAAUGCUUUUUAUUCCUCCGACGUUUCCUCUGGAUCUCUAUCACUCUGCCUUCAGAGACACUAUAGGUCACAGGUCAACAUAGCGGAGAGAGAAAGAUGCCUUAAUGGUCCCAUGCCUUUUAGCAGGCCAAUGUGCUGUGCACCUGGGAUGGAGAGAGGAAGAAAGAUGGCAAGGGAAGCAGGGGGAGGGGAAAAAAAGAGGGAUUGUGAAAGAACUGGGAAAGGUGGUGGCCAGGCAGGGCUAAAGAGCUCAUGGUGUGUUUGCUUCUGUUACGGAGAACCAAUAUUUUCUCUCCACACUAAAAAGCAGUAAAACUGAACUCAUUCCAACAGUAAUUAUUUGACGUCAAAUAACUUGUGUCCACAGCACAAUCAAUUCAGUAGGGAAUGUUUUCUCUUCUCAUGUCCCCAUUUUAGAUACGGAUUACAAUGAUCUAGGUACACCAUUAAUGUCUGAGAAUAUGAAUUAGUGGGUUAGUGGUUAGCAUGAACAAGUACCUAUUCCACAGUGUCUCUUGGUCAGCACAGGGGAGGUGUCUGUGUUAUUUCACACAGAACGCUGAUUCAAUUAAUUCAGCUUUAUAUUCUCAUAAAGUGGCCAAACCUUGACACUGCUAUUUUGAUGACAUUCAAUGAAGUGUUUGGUUUGAAUUGGGUUUUUUUGUUAGAUAUUUACUCCCUAAUUUGACACUGUAGCAGUCAGAUUUAGUCUAACAGAUACCUCAACUUUUUCCAGCCUUCAGGUAUUUCCUGGAGAGGGAUAUAUGUAGUGAGCACAUGUCCAAGGGGUUGAGCCUGUCGUCCUCCAUUUUGGGGCUGAUAUCAGUAAAUGAUCCUUGUCUGUUGAAUGGAGAAGAGGAGUCAUGGGUUUCAAAUUAUACUUUUUUUUUUUUUUUUUUUUUUUUGUAAGCGCUCGGUAGUCAUUUCCAUUGAAAAAGUUGAGUUUUUAUUUUGUAGAUUUUAUUUGAGAAUGGUUUAAGGUUAUUUUGCCCAUUUUAUAUCCACUUCCCCCUGUGUGAGUUGUUGAGAACGAUUAUCUUAAAAUGCAUAAAAUAAGUCCCCGAUCUGGUCCAGGGUGUUACGUGUGGGGCUUGUUGAUGCUGAGUUUCAGCCACACACAACGCCUUGGACCAGAGUUACAUAAAUCCUAACUUCCCACUCUGAGCUGAAGAACUGGACCCUGAAAGAAAGUUGUAUGAUGCUGUAGACCUGGAUUUUAAUUUAAUAUCAGAAAUACCAGUAAAACAAUAAACAAUUCCUAUCAAUGAAA